AUGAAGCCGAAGGAGGACGAGCGCCUGCAGCAUGUCAAAGACUGCGCAAAGCGCACGUACGACUUGCUACAAGCGCGCAUGCCCGUACCAGAAGAUGUCCAAGUCGAGCUCGAGGACGUCGUCCAGCGUUAUAUACCCAUCGCGACAGCAGUACCCGUGCAGAGUCGGCCCAGAGCACUCGAUCGCCUUGGCUCCGACAUCCUGAACUCUGCCAUCAAUCUCAAGCAGUCGCAGGCAGACAGCUCUGUUCAUCGUGGCCAAGGCCAGGACCACCCUCGCCUCGCCACAUUGUUGCGCAUACUCGGCUUCUCCCUCAUUGACGCCGCUCAUCAAGUCUCUCUGGGCGACUACCAAGACCAAGAGACAUUCGUUCGCAUUUUCAAGAUCGCCUUAAAGGCAUGCCGUACAUGCCUCGACAACGACGAGCCCGACCUUGCCAUGAAGAUCCUCCAGCGGUGCUCAGACUAUACCGCUAUUGUGGAGGGCAAUGCUCCCAUUGUUCAGUUUGCCGGCGGCAUGUCCCUCAGCCUGACCAUCCACCUGCGUACUCUCAGACACUUCGUCGUUGAGUAUUACAUACUUCGUGUGCUGCACGCCCUCAAGACAGAUCACACCGACUUGACAUUCCACUUUUACACGCAGAUUGAUAUGAAAGAGCUUCAGAAAUCCGCUGAUCUGACGGACAAAGCAGCUGAAGUACUCUACAGCGUUGCCAAGGCUCGCCAGGCUCAAGGGGAAUGGAAGGAAACCACAAUGUGGUGUCAAUGUGCAUUGGGGACGCUCAAGCGUCUCGCUACCAAGGAUCAAAGUCAGCAUGGCUUGGACCUUGAAUUGGCAAUCGCAGGAACGGCCGUCGAAGCAUGUUUGGCUAAUGCCUCGCCGGACUCCUUCGUCCAAGCCCAUCGACUUGUUGACCACCUCACCGAUACAAACGGCACCUGCUAUCGACUCGAGCCGGAUGUCUUGAGAUACAAGGUUUUGACUGCAGCACGGCAUCCGGAUAACACGAAGAUCGAAAGCGUAGUGUUUCGCAUGAUCAAAAACACUCAGCUCACGGAUCAGACAUUCACGAUGAUUAUGAAAAUUCUGAAGAAGCUCCAAGACUUUCAUAUGGUCUCAGCAUUGGCCAUGACUCACAUUCUGAUCAUUUCUCGACUCUUGCCAGACUGCCGUGCAAAUCCCGUCGGAGGCAUAACCCAAGACAGACUAGAUAAGGGCGUCGCCACAUUCCUCUCUGCCGCAACUAAAUGUGCCAGAGAACCCGAGAUGGCCAUUGCUACACGUAUAAAGACCGUCCUUGACGAGGUAUACGAAGGGUUUGGCCCUGGCAUUUCGCCAAUUGCUGCCCACGGAGCUCAGACUAAGCUCUGGAAGUCGGCAAUGGACCUAUUCAAACGCUCAGCGGCUCUGGAAGGAGACACGUCUGUGGAGGCAGGGUUGAGGUUGUUGCAGCAUCCGCUGUUCGGCGAGUCUGGUCCUUCUAAGGCAGGGAAAAUCGGGCGGAAAAUCUUCUUGACUCGCUUCUAUCGCAAAGACUAUGUCGGUGCACGUGCAGCCUUCUACGAUAUGCCCGAGGACAACCAGAACGAGGUUCAGAGCCGGUCUCUCGUCUUUCACCUCGCGCUGAUAGAAGGCGACCAAACCCUGGCCGAGCAGUCCCUACUCAUCAUCGCAAAACAUGCCAAAGAGGAUUCGCAGCCAUUGUACGCUUGUGUACUGACAGCACAACAGCACGGUACGCCGUAUAUGGCUAUCAAAGCGCUGAAGACACUCAUCGAUCAGCGGCCGCCAGGCUUACACCUGCCAUCGCUGCUACGCUGCACUGUGCGUCUCCUGAUGAGUGAGCUCGACUCUCAAGAUAAGGACAAGGACAAAAGCAGAACAGGCGUAGAGUUGGUCGUCAUGUUCGAACGAGCUGCCAAGAACACGGCCGCUCUCCGCAUCAGCAACGACGAGAAAUGGCUAGACGAGCUACAGUGGUGGAGCAAAUCAGCUUUCAAUCUCGCGAUGACGCACAGCGAGGCCAUCAUCCCCAAGAUGCUCGUCCGCCUGCUGGCUACGUGUGUCCGCUUCCUCGACUGCUUGUCGGCCGAUCAUCAGCCUGGAGUCCGUCGCCGCAGACUGAUCUGCCACUUCACAUCAGCACUCGGCUUCGUGGAAAUCGCUAGGGCAAGUGAAGAAGGCUCUGAUCAGCGCCGGCAAUGGUACAUGCAAGCACGCUCUCAAAUCGACCACUUCAACGCACACUAUGGAGAUUGGCAAGGUACGACCGGCGCCACAAUGCCCACGAGAGACCGCGAGAAGGAAAGGGAGAGCAUGGCUGGGGGCGCUUUCGAGAUCAUGCGACUUGAUCUCGAGUGCACACUGCAUCUCCAGCUCUGGUCGGCUCUCGAUGCUGCCGUAACGAACCUCCUCAAUUACACGGGUGCUGGACGCUGGGAGAGCCUCGCCGAUCUGAUGUUCGCCAUCCACAAGCAUGCGGGUAUUGCCACGGACAUCGACGAUACCUCCAAAUGCCGCAUUCGUGAUCUGCUUUCCAGGAGCAUCAACGAGACAUGGAAACGCGACAAAGACAUCAACAAGAUGGCUCUCUGGCUCCGCCAAAGCUUCAGCAUCCAUCUCGAAGACAACGACGAGGACUUCGCUCUGAACAUCAUCCAGCAAGCUGCUUCCAUCGCGGCGAAGGGGUACGAAGGCAAGACGGCCACCUAUCCGUCCGAUGAGCUUUUCUGGCUUGCGUCAACUGUGUUCAAUCAGGCUGUGGAUUUCACUGGGCACGGUGAGGGGGAGAAGGCUAAGCGAUGGAUGGAGGGUGCGUUGGAGGUGGCUAGGUAUGCAGACGACAAUGGGAGUCUGCAUGCUAAUUUGACCGCGAAGAAGAGGGUGGCGGAGGAUGAUCUGGUGGAGGAGGGAAGGGGGAAGAGGCGUAAGAUUGAGUAG